AUGUUAGAGAUGUACAGAAAGUCUUUUGAGAUGGAGAAGGCGUUUAAAUUAGCAGAUAGAUAUUGUAACAAAUUCCAAAAGGACCUCUCAGGAGUUCUAGUAUCCCGAAUUAUUCUGAUCUCUUCAAAGUUAGGAAAUACUGCAAAAAGAACUGAGUACGGAAAUAAGUUUUUGAAUUGGUUGAAUCCGAAUGCAACCAUUGAGGCGCAGUCCAUGUGUUAUGAAAAUCUCAUCGCUUGCUAUUUACAUAAUCCUCACAAAACUCUUGAAAUUCUUUUGCAUAUGGAACAAAAUCACAUGAUAAUUUCAGAUAAGGUGAAAGAGUUUUUUUUCUUGCAAUACGAAAUUAAGAAAUUGAAAAGAGAGAAUUCAGAAUUGUCACUGACACCCAACAUCUGUCAAUCAAAUAAGAGCAAGUCUCAUGAACAGUUAGGACAUGAUCCUUCUUCAAUUACAUUCAGGCCACGAGAAGAGUCUACAUACAACCAGCAAAUAGUGUCGCACGUUUUGAACGACGAUCGCUUUUGGUUAAGUUUAAACCAUUCCUCAUCGAUUAAUCCAAACUCAAACUUGACUCAACUCCGUUCAUCAAGAUUAUUGCCGGACAAGCUUUCAUUUUCCCAGUUCUCCAAAGUAUUUUCAUCACACUUCAUUAUGCAACACUACAAGUAG